CUAUUAUAAAGGGCGUAAACAAGACGGCUCUCCGUGUCUCUCGAAAAAUUCCCUCUCUCGAAAGAUUUCAAACUUGAAAUGUUUCUCUAAGUCGGCGGAUCGUGUAUUCAUCACCACCGUAACCACAACACGGAAGUAUUUCCAUUUCGGUUUCUAAACGGCCAGGCGCAGAUGGAGAUCGAACCGAUCCCUGUCAGUUCGUGCUCGAAAGAACACCAGAAAGUGUAUCAAGAGUGGUUCAACCUUGCUGAUUCAGAUCGCGACGGCCGUAUCACUGGCAAUGACGCCACGAAGUUCUUCGCGAUGUCGAAUCUAUCUCGACCAGAACUCAAGCAGGUUUGGGCAAUUGCGGACACCAGAAGACAGGGAUUUCUAGGUUUUAAGGAGUUCAUUACUGCAAUGCAGUUGAUAUCUCUGGCACAAGAAGGACAUGAGUUGACCUCUGAUCUCCUUAAAAGAACAGUUGAUAUGGAGCCCAUAAAACCUCCACUGAUGGAAGGUCUGAAUGAUUUGCUAGCAAAGACUAAUGAUCUAAUAAUCAAUGGACACUCUGAAGCAAAUGGGAGUACUCUAUUCCAACCAUCACCGGCAAGAAACUUAUUUACAUCAAAAUCCACCAAGAAGACAACAACACUUGUUGCAGUUACAUCCAUAAUUGAUGGCUUGAAGAGAUUGUAUAAUGAAAAGCUAAAGCCACUGGAAGUUACUUACCGUUUCAAUGACUUUGUAUCUCCCUUAUUGACAAACAGUGAUUUUGAUGCUAAACCCAUGGUUAUGCUUCUGGGCCAAUACUCAACUGGCAAAACUACUUUCAUAAAACAUUUGCUGAAAUGUAACUACCCAGGAUCACACAUUGGACCAGAGCCUACAACUGAUCGGUUUGUUGUUGUUAUGUCUGGACCUGAUGAAAGAAGCAUCCCAGGGAACACCAUUGCUGUUCAAGCUGACAUGCCCUUUAAUGGUCUAACCACUUUUGGAGGAGCCUUUUUGUCAAAAUUUCAGUGUUCCCAAAUGCCACAUCCCCUUCUAGAACACAUUACAUUUGUGGACACUCCUGGAGUUUUAUCUGGAGAGAAGCAGCGGACACAUCGGAGUUACGAUUUUACUGGUGUUAUCUCGUGGUUUGCAGCGAAAUGUGAUCUUAUUCUGCUUUUAUUUGAUCCCCAUAAGCUUGAUAUUAGUGAUGAAUUCAAGCGUGUGAUUUCAUCUCUCCGUGGUCAUGAUGACAAGAUACGUGUUGUCUUAAACAAGGCAGACCAAGUUGAUACCCAACAAUUAAUGCGAGUCUAUGGUGCCUUAAUGUGGUCGCUCGGGAAAGUUUUAAACACACCAGAGGUUGUCCGUGUGUACAUUGGCUCCUUCAAUGACAAGCCUGUUAAUGAAGAAGCUGUAGGCCCGAUGGGGAAGGAUCUAUUUGAGAAAGAACAAGAUGAUCUGCUUGCAGACUUGAUUGAUAUUCCAAAGAAGGCUUGUGACCGUCGGAUUAAUGAAUUUGUAAAACGUACCCGAGCUGCUAAGAUUCAUGCCUACAUAAUCAGCCAGCUUAAAAAAGAGAUGCCUGCAGUGAUGGGAAAAUCCAAAACUCAACAACGACUUAUUGAUAAUCUUGAAGAUGUAUUUGCAAAGGUCCAGAGGGAGUUCCAUCUACCUGCAGGUGAUUUUCCAAGUGUGGAGCAUUUUAGGGAGGUUUUGUGUGGCUACAGCAUCGACAAAUUUGAGAAACUGAAACCCAAAAUGAUCCAAGCUGUGGAUGAUAUGCUUGGUUAUGACAUUCCAGAGCUCUUAAAGAACUUCAGGAAUCCUUAUGACUAAAGGAAUCAAUUACGAAGUGUCCUGGAGGGUAAUAUAAGUGUUGCUUUUGUAGAUUUUUUUUUUUUUUUUUUUUAUCUUCUUUCCUGUCCGUUUUCUCCUCGAAGUCGAAGGCCUUUGCCAAUUGGCAUUAAGCCCUUGAGAUUGCUGCCGAUUUGAGAAAGCAUUUGUAUUGAGCAGUUCGCAGGAACAAAGCUUUUUUUGUUGCUGUGUGAAGAAGGUUAAUUUUUAGAUUCAUGUUUUAAUGAUUGUAAUAGUAGGUGUCUUUCGUCCUUUAGUAAAACAUUGUUGCUUUCAUGUUACAAAACUAGUACUAGUAUGAUGGGUCCAAGAUUUUGGUAAGAAUCUACUUAGGCAUCUAAACGGAAUGCCCCUUUGGAAUUGUUGGAUGUCCUUUUAGUUUUAAACAAAGAGAAGGUUGUACGGAUAGAGAAUGAAAUUGAAGAAAAUGGUGAAACCAACCAAAAAAAUUGAUAAUGGUAUCAUUUCAUUUGUAUACAAAGUAAAUACAUCCUUUGUAAAUUGUAUCUCAAUACAAUUAUAUCACGUCACUUUUAGUGUUUUAAUUAUUUGGCUGUAAUAAAGUUUAUCCAUUUAAUUAUUGUGUGAAUUAAAAAAUAAUAAACUAUCUGAAUCAUUCAUUAACCCAGUCAGUCACACCCAAGAAGUCACAAUCUUACUAGAAUCUGUCACUUGUGAAAUGCCUAAAUCCAAACCUUGAUAGCUUUGUUAAAAGAAAUCCUAUCCCUAUUAUAUUAUAUUCGGACUUCAAUACGGAAAAUUAGGGCCCAUGUUGUUGUCCGUGUUGUACCCGGAUCAAGAUGGCAUAAAUUGAUCUCCCCGCACCCCCAACCGCCUAGUAGGGGAAUAAAUCGGGUCUACGAGUCGUCUUCGUCUGAACUGAAACACGAGCAGAAGAAGAGCGCCAUGGAGAAGAUUGGCAAGAGAUUUCAUCAGAAAGUCGCCAUUGUUACGGCCUCCACUCAGGGCAUCGGAUUCAGCAUCGCCCGCCGCCUUGGCUUGGAAGGUGCCUCGGUUGUCAUCUCGUCUCGCAAACAG